GUAUCUUUGAAUCGUCGAGCGGCGGUCACACUGGAUCCGCAUAGUUUUUUUUUCGGGUCCAAAAUCUGUCCAAAUCCGCAAAUUACAUGCAUAUUCUUGUAUCUAAAGAUCAGAAAACUAGAUAGACAGAGUGAGAGUCGGCUGAAAAACGCAAAAAGUUCGCAAUUCUCCGAGGAGCAACGUCCUUAAAACGAGAGCGUGCUGCCCACUUUUGAAUGCCUGAAAAGUAUUAUGGAAAGAGGAUGCCCAGCUGCUAGCAGUGAAUCCGUGGCCAGUGCAGGGGAGCGUACUCAGUCAGCAGUCACCAGCUCCACCUCCACGUGGGCCAAGAGUCAAGCCUCCACCAGCCGGAAAGCAGGAGCAUCAGAGGGAUUAGGAGCGGCAUUAGGAGCAGUAGGAUCAGCAGGAUCACCAGAAGCCGGCGGAGAAGCCUUUGUAUCUAUGUCAACGCUGCGGGACGAUGUGGAGGACGUGUGUGUGUCGUCAAACUCACAACAUGGUUUCGCCGUAGUUCUGGACGACGAGUCCAGCACCUUUGAGAUUAGCUCUUCCAACUCACUGCCCACCAGUGCGGGGGCGGCGUCCACGGUGGGCGUGGUGGCCGUCGACGACAGCUCCUCCACGGACACCUUGAACGGUGGUCAUCCGGGUCUAGGCCACACCGCCUCCUCGGAGCACAGUCGUCAGGGCUUCUUUAACGAGGACAAUGAGGAUCCUCCGGUUGUAUGUCUUAUAAACGACGAUGACGAUGAUGAGGAGCCCGAGCCGGAGGACGAGUUUGAGGAGGAACUGAUUGAGGACGAUGACGAGGACGUAGUGGAUAUUGUAGUGGCCGCAAUCGACUGCCCGAACACAUCACAAUUGGCUCUGGCCGAUGGCACCAUCAUGGCGGCAGAUGGCUCCAAGAUCUUCCUGGAGACGCCCGUCGUGGAGGAGGCCCAGCCGCACCCCGGCCAAGUGGUCACGACCGGACCGCAGUCAGAGCUCACAGGCAAGCCGAAGAGAUUGAGCGACGAGUUCUUGCUGGGCGAAGAAGAGCAGGCGGAGAAUCUGGCAUUAGGAAGAAGUAUCAAGUCUGAACCGGUCAGUGCCGGCCUGGACGACAAUCCCUCUGAGGGCGACGAUGCGGCCACUUGCUCCUCCCUGCACGACCGUCUCAUGUCUGUGCGCCUGAAGCAAAUGAGCCUGACGGCCAACGCCGUUUCGAAUCCCUCGCCAGCAGCCUCUGCCAACGCUGCCGCCCCCGAGGAGGCCUCCACAUCCAGCUCCAGCUCAAACUCCAGUUCGGCCUUGUCCAAGGCAGACAUUGAGUCCAUGGAUCUGAUCGAGCGCCGUGACUUCGAGACGGAGCAACGCCUGACGGGCGGCAUCAUCCUGCGCACCAGCUCCAUGAUGAGCCAGAACAAACUGAAUCUAAGUCUGAUCAAGUCCGUGGCGGGGGGCAGCAGGAUGGCCAAUGGAUCGGGCGCGGCCAACAGUGACGACUGGCCCAGCAGCAGCAAUGGGCGCACCGUCUCCUCGGACAGCAAGUACACCUACAACAAGGAUCUGUCCACGACUCCCACGAGCAGUCGCAAGUACACCAACAGCCGGCUAAGCAAGUCCACUGCCAAACUAAAUCUGGGCUCCACGCUGGGCGCCUCCAGUUGCAGCCAGCAUCGGAACAGUUCUAGUUCCACGUCAAAAUCCACAGAGUCAUCGACCAGCUGCACCGGAGCAGCCCGAACGGAUGUGUACACCAACACCAAUUCGAAUGAUUACCCAGGUCUGGCUCCAUCUGCAUCCGGAUCGUCCACAUCCAGUGGCAGCUGCCAACAGGAUCAGGAGGAGAAUGCAAGCGCAUCGGUCUCGUAUAGCUCGGUGGGAUCGCAGACCUCUCAGGAAGGUGGUUGCAGUCGCACCACCGCCAUCAAUCCAACAGCGGAUUGUUCUGCCGGAACCGCUUGCUUGGGUGACUCUCAGGCUUCGACAUCGGCUUCCACCUCAUCCGGAGCUGGAGCGUCCAACUCAAAUCGUUGCCAGUAUGCCACAGCAUCAACGACGAAAGCAGCUCGUCAGGUCAAUGCCAGCGCCCAAACCCAAGAGCGUUUCCUGGCACGCAGCAAUCUUUCAGUUGCGAGUGGAGCGGGAGUAGCUGGUGCCCAGCCGGCUGCAUCUGUUCGGCAACGACGAAACGGUUCCAGCGAUGUUGUUCACCUGGAAGUGGUGGUGGAAGAGGGAGCUGCCGGUGGAGACGGUGGCCUAGUGGAGCCCGGAGACUUUAGUGCCGAGGAGCCGUGGGGCAACUGCGAUGAGGAGAACAACUGCUCCGACUUGGAAGAGAUCUGCACGUGCCAGAACGGUAAUGGGAGCAGCUACGGCGGUAGCAAUGCUAGUCUCAGCGAGACCUUCGAUCUGGACGUUAUGGACCCCGAUGAGCCCAUCUCCCUGUCGCUUUCCACUGCCGCUUCUGCCGUCGGCUUCUCCGAGUGCUCGCUGACCAAUCCCAGCUCGCUAAUUUCACAACAGCGCAAGCGGAAGUACAACGAGGGACGUCUGCUAGAUGGCGGUGACUACUCGCUGACCAUCUCAUCCAGCGGCGGAGUGGGCGGACCUGGUUCGGGAGUCAGUGACAAUUGCCGAAAACGGAUUGCCUACGACUUCGCAUCUACGCCACGCUCCUCGCAACAUUCGGGACCCACGGCAGUGCUGUCGUUGACCCCCUCAUUGCACCUGGCCACCGCCUCGCCGGGAUCGGCUUUGGGUCGUCGCACGCCGCGUUCGGUUCCGACUCGUGACAAUCCGCCGCCAGAGCUUCAGCACUGGUUGGGCCAGUUCCAACGAUGGUCGCAUGUCGAGCGACUGCUGGCCCUGGACCGUCUUAUCGAUCACUGCGAUCCCUCGCAGGUGCGCCACAUGAUGAAGGUGAUUGAGCCGCAGUUCCAGCGCGACUUCAUCUCCCUGCUGCCCAGAGAGUUGGCCCUCUUUGUGCUCUCCUACUUGGAGCCCAAGGACUUGCUGAGGGCCGCCCAGACCUGCCGCAGCUGGCGUUUCCUGUGCGACGACAACCUGUUGUGGAAGGAGAAAUGCCGCAAGGCCCAGAUCCUUGCCGAGCCGCGCAGCGAUCGCCCGAAACGAGGACGCGAUGGCAACAUGCCCCCAAUUGCCUCGCCUUGGAAGGCCGCUUACAUGCGCCAGCACAUUAUCGAGAUGAACUGGCGGUCGCGACCUGUGCGCAAGCCUAAAGUUCUGAAGGGCCACGACGAUCAUGUUAUCACGUGCCUGCAGUUCUCCGGCAAUCGCAUUGUAUCUGGUUCCGAUGACAAUACGCUUAAAGUAUGGUCGGCGGUGAAUGGAAAGUGUCUGCGAACUCUGGUGGGUCACACCGGUGGCGUUUGGUCUUCCCAAAUGUCCGGAAACAUCAUCAUCUCGGGCAGCACGGAUCGCACACUCAAAGUCUGGGACAUGGACAGUGGCGCUUGUGUCCACACGCUACAGGGGCAUACAUCCACGGUUCGCUGCAUGCAUCUCCAUGGCAGCAAGGUGGUAAGUGGUUCGCGAGAUGCCACUUUGAGGGUAUGGGACAUUGAACAGGGCUCCUGUCUGCACGUCCUGGUUGGUCAUUUGGCCGCUGUACGAUGUGUACAAUACGAUGGGAAGCUAAUUGUGUCAGGAGCUUAUGAUUACAUGGUGAAGAUCUGGCAUCCGGAACGGCAGGAGUGCCUGCACACUCUGCAGGGGCACACGAAUCGCGUCUACUCGCUGCAGUUUGAUGGCCUCCAUGUGGUUUCGGGCUCUUUGGACACCUCCAUCCGCGUGUGGGACGUGGAGACGGGCAAUUGCAAGCACACCCUGAUGGGUCAUCAAAGUUUGACAUCCGGUAUGGAGCUACGCCAAAACAUUCUCGUCUCGGGCAAUGCCGACUCCACUGUCAAGGUGUGGGACAUCACAACCGGACAAUGUCUGCAAACGCUAUCGGGUCCAAACAAGCAUCAGUCUGCGGUCACCUGCCUGCAGUUCAAUUCCCGAUUUGUGGUGACCAGUUCCGACGAUGGCACUGUCAAAUUGUGGGACGUUAAGACGGGCGACUUUAUACGUAACCUUGUGGCCCUGGACUCUGGUGGAUCCGGCGGCGUUGUGUGGCGGAUUAGGGCAAACGACACAAAACUCAUUUGUGCCGUGGGCUCCCGCAACGGAACGGAGGAAACAAAGCUCAUGGUCCUGGACUUUGAUGUGGAGGGGGCGUGUGUCAAGUGCUCAUAGGAGCCGGUGGGGCACUUCCGUUCGGGUCUUCGCCGGCACGUUUGGAUCCAGGCGGCGAAUGGCCAAGGACGGGGCAGCUAGUAUACAGCUUCAAGCGAGAUUUCAUUGCAAACUCAUCUAAGCACAGAAAAACACACACACAGACGGAUACCGCGGAUGUGAAAGUCCGCAACGUAAUGUUGAUUGCCUUGCCAACAAAAUGCAGCUGCUCACAUACACCACAUACACCACACACACCAUACACACCAUAUACACUAAACACACAAAACAAUCAAGGGAAAAAUCAAGAGGAGAAGAAGGAGGAGGAGGGUCGGGUGGUCGGGGUGUGGCUGUGGCUGUGAGUGUGUAUUGUUAAUAAUACCUUCUUUAAUUUACGUUGCUUCAUAGCCAAAAUUCGUUUUCCACCGUAGAAUAAUUUCGCUUCUUAGUUUUUAUUACGAUUAUCCAUAUGGCGAGAGUCGAUUGAAUUAAUUCUAAUAUUAUGAUUACGUAUUACAAACCGCAGAUACAUCUAUGCAGUUGCAGAUGCAAAUACCUUGUUGUUCCGCGUCGUGUGAACCCGAGAGAACGUUUAUGAAAACAGAGCUUUAUAUUGAUUAAAUUGUAAUUUGUUUAACUGGAAUUCGGAUAAGUUGGAUAUGUUAAUAUUGGCCCAGCACUUGAGUUGAGUUUGCCGUCUAUUAUGUUUACAUUUGUGGUUUUGUUUCGUCCAAUUUGUUUUGUUUAAAUGUAUACCUGGAGUUAACUACAAUCUAUUAUCGUGUUCUGAUUGUUUCUCCAUUAAUUUGAAUUUGAUUUGAUUUAUUUGUCAUGUAGUAGCGUUAACGAUAUUGGCUUCCAAUUCCAAAUUCGAAAUUCCUCAUUUGCCAGGAACCUGCCACAAUUGCCGUACAUAGUGUUUAAGAGUCAUCUGCCGAACUCAUCGAGCAGCAGCUCACCCCCGCAAGUAACAAAAUAAAAAACAGAAAACAUAAAACAACUGCAACUACAACACUGCAACACAACAACACUCACACACGUGAAAUCAUUAAGCGAACAUAUAUUUUAAUUAUAGACUGAUUUAUUAGUAAUUGAAAUUAAUCUACAAAUAUGUAUGUGUAAUGGUACCGUAUGUAUUUCAAUAAAAUUUAUCGGUUUAAGCAUAAAUCUGAAUAAACGCAGGAAUAAUAAUACAAAUAA